AUGGACGUAAAUUCUAUUUGUUGUUCUUUACCUCCCCUUGAAAGAAAAUCCUUUGAAUUUUCUUCGUCAGAUAAUUAUUCUUCUCGUAGUUUACCAUCCCCGCCAAUUAUGGAGAAGAACCUUCCGCCCUUGAAUUCAAUCUUAUCAGCGCCGUCAAUACAUAAUGCUGGUAAUAAUACUACUUUAACUAACCAUAAACCAACUACUCCUACUCAUAACCCUCCACCGCCUUAUAUUUCGGAACCAUCGAGAAAUCAUUCUUAUCCUACUUUAAAUCAAGUUGAAAAUAAUUAUCAACAUCAUCAUUAUCAAAAUUAUUCCGAACCAAGAAUAUCUCUCGAUGGGAUACCGCCGCCGCCUGGGAGAUCUCAAAUUUCUUCACCUACAUCACAACAUAGUGGAUCCAAUUAUUCUUUAUCUGAUCAUCUUCCAUCUCAUUAUGGAGGUAGGAGUAACAUAGAAUCACCUUAUGUUAUUGAUCAUUGUAAUCAAAUUUCUCAAUUCGUAUUUCAAUAUCGUGAAGCACGAAUGUCUUCAAAUUCUUGGCAAAUUAAUGAAACUGAAUUAACAAGCAUGAUAAAUCGGACAUAUGAUGUUCUCAAUAUUUUAUCUGGUCUUAAAGGGGAAUUAACCUCACAAGCAGCAACCAAUGAGAAUUCACAAGAUGAAGAAUUAGAUUUAUCACGAAAACGCUCGAGUAACAUGCAGCAACGUACAAAAUACAGAAAAAGAAGCAAGCGAGCUGCACCUCCGGGUAGAUGUCAUUCUUGUAAUAUAUCUGAAACUCCUGAAUGGCGAAGAGGUCCCGAUGGAGCAAGAACGUUAUGUAAUGCGUGUGGACUUCAUAAAAAAUGUAUUUAUAGAAUUGUGAUUUUACCUGAAGAAGUAUUAACCACAUUAUCAGAUCCAUUAAAAUUCAUUAAACUUAUCGGAAUUAUCGGAAUUACCGAGAACUCCAAUAAAUAA